GCUGGGAGGAAGGGACCCGCGGGAGGCCGGGCCGCAGAGGCCGCUCGGAGCGGGAGCCGCGAGCAGGGGAAGAGCCGCAGCCGCCCGCCCCGCCGAGCAGCUCCGGGAGCCGCCGCCGGCCCUUUAAGGGCGCGGAGGUGCGCGGGCUCUUUAAGGCAGGUCCCGGUGGUUUCUGUUUUCCGAAGGAAGUGACGGGGGGGCGGGAUUGAAUGAAAAGUGCGGCGGGCGCGGAGCCUGCGAGCAGCGGCGGCGUCGGGGGCGACUGGGGGCGCGCGCGGGGGCCCCAGGAGCCGCCGGGGGGCGCCGGGCAGAGCGCAGCCCACGUGCGGUGAGUCCCUCCCCCGCGCCCCCUCGGGGUCCAGCUCGGCCCCGCACGCUCGCGGGGCGCGGGGACCCCCGGGGAUGCGCCCGCCCGGCCUCUGCGGGGUCUCCAGGGCGCCCCCCGCGCUGCUGCUGCUGCUGCUGCUUCUGCUCGCGCCUCUGCGGGAGGCGCCGCGCGCCCAGGGGGCCCGGGCGGCGGAGCUGCGGGUCCGCGUGCGCCUGCCCGACGGCCAAGUGACCGAGGAGAGUCUGCAGGCCGACAGCGACGGCGACAGCAUCAGCCUGGAGCUGCGCAAGCCCGACGGCACCCUGCUGUCCUUCAUCGCCGACUUCAAGAAGGAUGUGAAGAUCUUCCGGGCGCUGAUUCUGGGUGAGCUGGAGAAGGGGCAGAGUCAGUUCCAGGCCCUGUGCUUCCUCAGCCGGCUACACCGCAAUGAGAUCAUUCCCAGCGAGGCCAUGGCCAAGCUGCGCCAGAAAAACCCGCGGGCUGUGCGGCAGGCUGAGGAGGUGCGUGGCCCGGAGCUGCUGCACAUGGACCUGGCUGUGAACUUCACCCUGGGCGCCCUGCUGAGCCCUCACCUCCGUAAUGUGUGUGCUGAGGCUGCCGAGGCCAUCUAUGCCCGCCAGGAGGACGCCCACUUCUGGCUGGAGCAAGGUGUGGACGGCGCCGUGUUUGAGCCUCUGCCCCGGGAUCCUGAGCCGGGGCUGGCACGUUGCCGGCAGGUGGGGGAGCAUGGAAAGCCGUGUGUCUGCCGCUACACACUGAGCCUGGCCUGGUACCCCUGUCUACUCAAGUACUGCCACAGCCACGAGCGGCCCGCGCCCUACAAGUGUGGCAUCCGCAGCUGCCAGAAGAGCUACAGCUUUGACUUCUACGUGCCCCAGAGGCAGCUGUGUCUCUGGGACGAGGACCCCUAGCUGUGCCAGGCCCACCAGCCGCUCCAAGGGCUGCUUCCCCACCCCCACUGGGCCUUCCGUCCUCUUCUGCCCCUCAGCUCAGAGCCUCUGGCUCCAUGGCUCCUGCCUGUGAAAAGCUCUGGCGUGGCAGGGGCACAGCUCCCACUCUGUGCCUUCCUGGGGACAGGGAGGGAGGAAGGGGGUCCCCAAAGGUGCCCUCCUUAUGCCUCCACCUCCUGCCUGACCUCCUCUUCCAAGCAGCCAGAAUGUGAUACUCUGUGAGUCUUGUAUUUCAGCCUUUGAAGGCUGGGAGCCCACACAAGUGGGUCCCUGGCGCCCCACCUCCUGAGUGCACCCCAUUCACCGCCCACCACCAGGGCCCUUGUCCCUAGAGGUGUGGGCACGGUGCCCCCCACACCCUGCAGCUGGGGACCCCCCAAGCUCAGGGACAGACCACAGUGCCUUCCUCGCCCAGGCUGGGCCUCAGAGUGCUCCCCUUGACCCAGAGUGUCCUUCUAAGGCUCUGAGCCGUCGAGGGAGCCUGAAGGAUGAGGAAAACUUGAAUUCCAGAUUUUAAUGCAAAGUAUUUAUCAUUUGUACCAGAAAUUAAAAGUCUUAAGUUUGUACUUGC